AUGGCGACCCCAACUGAGCGCCUGCCGGAACCGGACCGCCGCACCUCCCUAGGAUUCCUUCGUCGUUCCAAAUCCACCGAACCCCUGGGCGAACGCAAGUCCUCUGGUCGCCGAAAGAAGAUGGAUGACGAACUGCGCCGUCAGCGGGAUUCUUACGCCCCUAAAGUACCUCCCCGCUUGCCUGACUUCUCCCCCGCUCCCGAGCUCGAAACUUUUGGCGGCGAAGAAAAGAAGAUUGAUUCAGCACCCGUCUCUCGUCCUCAGUCCGGUCUCGCUACUUCGCCCACUAUGACCGGUUCAAUUAACAAUGUCGUGGACCCCUACGCCCGCACAGAGAGUAUGACCCAUCGUGGCCGGUACAGCUACGCCAGUACCAACAGCACCCUCAACAGCCCCCGUCGCGUACGUCGUCGCAAGGAUCCAACCUCCUACAAUGUCUUGGUGAUCGGAGCGCGGAACUCGGGCAAGACCGAGUUCUUGAACUUCCUUCGCUCGGCCCUGACCAUGCCCGCGCAUAAGCACCCGUCCCGCACCCCCGAGGAAAUCCAGGAAUUGGAACGCCAGACCUCGGCCUGGGAAGGCUUUAAGGCCCAGUAUCUCGAGACCGAGUUCGAUGGAGAACGCGUUGGACUGACCCUGUGGGACUCGGUGGGUCUGGAGCGCAACAUCGCCGAUCUACAGCUGCGGGGCGUCACCGGUUUCCUGGAGAGCAAGUUUGAGGAAACUCUGGCCGAGGAGAUGAAGGUCAUUCGUUCCCCCGGAGCCCGUGAUACGCAUAUUCACUGUACCUUCCUGCUGCUGGACCCUGUGCGUCUGGAUGAGAAUAUGGCGGCAGCGGAGCGUGCGGCGAAUGGAACCCCCAAGGCGGCGGACGCGCCCAUCUGUGGCAUUCUCGACCAAAAUCUGGAUCUGCAGGUCUUGCGCACGGUGUUGGGAAAGACGACGGUUGUACCCGUCAUCAGCAAGGCGGAUACCAUCACCUCGGCUCAUAUGCAGUAUCUCCGGAAGGCGGUUUGGAACAGCUUGAAGCAAGCCAACAUUGACCCCUUGGAGAUUUUGACUUUGGAGGAUCAAGAGGAGUACAGUUCUUCGGAGAGUGCCGACGAGGAUGACAAUGAGGAGACCGCCACAGAGGCAAAUGUGCCUGGAUCGCCCUCGCAGCUCAGUGAAGGCACCCGCAGCCAGGCUGCCAACCAGCACGUUCCCUUCUCCAUCCUCUCCCCGGAUCCGCACUCCCUCGCGGCAGGCGACCAACCCGUCGGCCGCCAUUUCCCCUGGGGAUUCGCCGACCCGUACAACGCCGACCACUGUGACUUUGUGCGCCUGAAGGACUCCGUCUUCUCCGACUGGCGCACCGAGCUGCGCGAGGCCAGCCGCGUGAUCUGGUACGAGCGCUGGCGAACCAACCGCCUCAACCGCAAUGGGCAACCGGCGCCUCAGAAGCAGACCACCUAUGGAGGUCGCAUGGGCCCUGGCGAUGGUCGUCGCACUCGCUAA